CUCCUCCUGCAUGUCUGUGUGCUCCCGUUAGUGCUUAACCCAGCCCGCGCCUCUCAGUCUCACUCUCUCUCUCUCCCCGUGUGCCGAGCUCCCACAAUGAGUUACCAGAAGAGCACCUCCUACUCCGUCCGCUCCAGCGGGAGCAGUAGGGGCCCCUCUGGCCAUGUGUCCAUGGACCACAGAGCCGUGUGCCCCCCCCACAAGGCGUCCAGCAUCUACGCCGGCGCCGGUGGCCAGGGGACCCGCAUCUCGUCCUCCUAUCAGUCGGGGGUCCGCAGCAGCAGCGGGGGGUCCGGGAUGGGACUGGGCUCCGGGAUGGGAAUGGGAAUGGGAAUCGGUGGAUUCUCCGGCGGCGUGCAGGUAAACUCCAGCGGGCAGUCCGGCCACAUCAUGGGCAACGAGAAGUUUGCCAUGCAGAACCUCAACGACCGCCUGUCCAGCUACCUGGAGACGGUGAGGAGCCUGGAGCAGUCCAACGGCACGCUGGAGAUCAAGAUCCGCGAGGCCAUGGAGAAGAGCGGGCCCGAGUUCCGCGACUACAGCAAGUACCAGGCCAUCCUGGACGACCUGAGGAGGAAGGUGUUUGAUGCCACCGUGGACAAUGCCCGUGUGAUCCUGCAGAUCGACAACGCACGCCUGGCCGCUGAUGACUUCAGAGUGAAGUUUGAGUCUGAGCUGACCAUCCGCCAGUCCGUCGAGGCCGACAUCGUUGGUCUGAGGAAGCUCAUCGACGACACCAACAUGGGCCGCAUGAACCUGGAAAGCGAGAUCGAAGCCCUGAAGGAGGAGCUCAUUCACCUCAAGAAGAACCACGACAACGAUGUGAUGGAGCUCCGCAGCCAGGUCUCCCAGUCCGGAGUGCAGGUGGAUGUAGACGCCCCUAAGGGCCAGGACCUUGCCCAGAUCAUGUCAGAGAUCAGGGCCAAGUACGAGAAGAUGGCACUGAAGAACCAGGAGGAGCUGAAGGCAUGGCACGAAUCCCAGAUUACCACUGUACAGUCCGAGGUGACCCAGAACACACAGGCCCUGAAGGGGGCACAGGUAGAGGUCAGCGAGCUGCGCAGAACGCUGCAGACCUUGGAGAUCGAGCUGGAGUCCCAGAGGAGCUUGAAACUGUCGCUGGAGGGCACACUGAGGGACACCGAGAUGCGCUUCAACAUGGAGGUCGAGGCCCUCAACAACGUCAUCAGAGGGCUGGAGUCGGAGCUCACCCAGCUGCGCGGCAACAUCCAGAACCAGACACAGGAGUAUGAGGCCCUGCUCAACAUGAAAAUGAAGCUGGAGGCAGAGAUCGCCACGUACAGAAGGCUGCUGGACGGAGGAGACUUCAAACUUCAAGACGCCCUGGAAGAGCAGAAGGUUUCCAAGAAGACCAAGGUGAUGACCGUCACACAGCACAUGGUGGACGGCAAGGUUGUAUCAUCCAGCACAGAGACCAAGAACCUGUGAAAACCCCACACACUGGUCUCCAAAACUCCCUUCCACCAACGCUGUCAUACAAUGGGGCAAAAAAUAAAUGAUUGGAAACCAAGCAAAUCAUUUGACUAUCCUUGCUUACUUACAGUGCUAACAUGUUAGUAAAAUGGCAGAAUGUAGACCUGAAAAUAGAUUGUCCAAACCAUUUCCUGUUUAUCAAGCGCUCAUUACAAUUGGCUGACGCAGACUGGAACACAAAAGAAAUCUCGAUCAUCCUGUAUUUAUUGAAUCAUUUCCUGUUUUUUCUUUUGUCUUUGCGUGUUCUUCUUAUCAGUUAAAGAGCGCAAGAGUUUACAACAAAAAAACUAAAUUAAUAAGAGAACUUGACCUGUAUUGAAACUAUGCACUUGGGAUAAAAAAAAGAGAAGAGAAAAAGUGAUACUAAAAUGAUGUAGAUCAAUUUGUUACAUAAAGAAUUUUUGUAUACGUCAUA